AUGGGCGAAAAAGUCGCUCAGCGAAAAUCGCGCAGGUCGCAACCGCGACGUCGCGACUUCGAGGAAGACGACGAGGAACAAGGCGGAAUUUCUGGCUGGAAAUUGGGAUUGGUGAUUGGUGUGAUUGUGGUGUGCUUCGCCAUGUUGUAUCCCACACUUUUUCACCCGAUUUUGAUGAGUUUUUUGGGUGAGUAUAUAAUUUUUGUGAAAUUUUUUUGGUCAUAAAAUAAAAUAAAUAUCAUCUUAUCAUUAGAAGGUUGAAAAAAAACUGGAAAAUCGAUAAAAUUUACAACAAAAAUGGGCGAGGUGUGGAAGUUUUCAUUGGCUUUUCUCAUUCAUUUGUGGGUAUUUUUUAGUUAGCCUAACUCUGCACGUGGCAAAAACGUGAAAUAAUUUUAAGUUCUAAAUUAAUUUUAUUCCGCUAAAGUCUUCAGAUUGUUCUAGUCUGGAUUGAGUUAGCUUAACUCUGAACCUGAUUAUGAGUUAUGACGUGGCAAAUUUAGGAUACUUCGAAAAUUGUAGAUCAAAAACUUAUUGACAAAAUUUUAAUUUUGCCACGUCAUAACUCAUGUUGAAACUUGUAUUGGAACGUAUUUUGGAUUUAAAAAAAAUAUUUUCAUAUUUUCUAAAAACCCUAAAAUUUUUAAGGAUAAGUUCUAAAUUAAUUUUAUUCCGCUAAAGUCUUUAGAUUGUUAUCUAGUCGAAUUUGAGUUAGCUUAACUCUGAACCUUGUGAGUUGACGUGGCAAAUUUAGGAUACUUUUUAAAUCGUAGAUUAAAAACUUUUGAAUUUUGCCACGUCAUGACUCAUUCUAAAAUUUCAAAGUUUCCAAAAACUGUGCCUCAGUUGCAUUUUGAAGCCACGCCCCUCUUUACUCUCCUAGGUAGGUAAUUAUUUAAAUUUCUACGAAAUGCCAACCCCGCCCAAUUUUGACAGAAACCUGAGCUGCUCAUUUUUCAUUUCCCAAUUUUCUAGGUCGCGCACCCGCCCAAACUCCCUCAAUCCACCAACAACCCCAACGUCCACCAAUGCAUCCAGCAAUGGGUGGCGGAGGUUCACGCGGACCAGCGCCCGGCGGACGGCCCGACAUUCAUCCGGCGAUGCGGAUGGCGCAAGCGCAAGCGGAAUCCGCCGCCGGCAGUCAAGGUGGCGGAACAAAGGGAAUGUUCACGUGGAUGUUGCCGAUUUAUACAGUUGGAGUUGUGGUGUUUUUGUUGUACACGUUGUUCAAAUCGAAGACGAAGAAGAGGAAGAAUCGAAAGGGAAAGAAAUAUUAUGAUUCGGAUUAUGAUGAGGAUGAGGAAGGAGAGGAGGAUUCUGAUGAUGAGGAGGAGGAUUCUGGAUAUGGACAGAAGUUUGGUGAGUUAGGAUAACUCAAGGAAGGGGGAGGGGGGUAGAAUAUCUAAAAUCUAGAUUAAAAAAUCUCUGACUCUCUAACUUCACUUGAGCGUGAGGAUCAGACAACUAUGGAUGUCUGGUUAGAGACGCAGAGAAAUACACCAUCAAAUUCUGGAAUUUAUCAUAACUCUAAUUGUUUUGGAUCAAAUUUGAGCCUAACAGCAAGAAAGUUUCAAAAAAGUGUAGAUCAAAAAUAUUUGUAUCAAAAAGGUUAGAGAACUAUAGUAGUUAGAGACGCAGAGAAAAUUAGAAAGAAUUUGAGGCCCGAAAAAAAGUUUCGAAAAAAUGACACAUUUCUCAUUCAACUGAUUACACUUCACUGAAUUUAUCAACAAAUUUCGAAAUUUUCUUUUUUUCUGGAAACUCAGAAAGACACGUCAUCUUAGAGAUUUGUAGAUCAUUUUUUCAAUAAGUUAGAGUCAGAUAGCGAGAGUAUUUAUGGUCAGAGACGCAGAGCAAAAGUUUUUUGUUUCAAAAAAUAUUAGAAACGUGGCACAAUCAAAUUUAAAAUCUCAAAAAAAAACAAAAAAAAUUUGACCCAAAAAAGGCAUGACUAACUUGCUAACUCUAGUCACACACAAACAUAAAAAUGUCAAAAUAAAAAAAGAUAGCGAGAGAGUGUGACAGAAGAGGAGAGACGCAGAGAUGCAGAGAGAAUGUUUCAAAAACAAACAAAAUGGUUGUUGGAAAGUUGGUGAACUUUGGAACUUUAAAAAUUUUUGUGAAAAAAAUCCACGUCAUAGUUCACUUCGAAUUUGCAUUUCAAAAUUAAUUUAUAGGAAAUCCGAAAAAAAAAGUACCAAGUAGCCACGCCUAGAGAACUUGAUUGUCUAGGGUCAGCACCUAUAGACCUACUGGGACAAGUAGCCGCGCCUAGAGAACUUGGUUGUCUUGGGUUUGCGCCUGGAGGAUCCCUUUGAGAAGGUACCGCGCCUUGAGAGCCUCUAAGCCAGGUAGCCGAGCCUAGAAGUCCUAUUGGUCAAGAAGCCACAUCUAGAAAACCUAGGUGUCAAGGAUCCGCGCCUAGAAAAUUAUCUUGGUAAGGGUCAGCUCCUUAAGAAUCAUUGUGGCUAGGUACCGCGUCUUGAGAGCGUCUAUGUCAAGUAUCACAAGUCUAGAAAACUUAGUUGUCAAGUAGCCGAGCCUUGAGGUCCUAGUGGUCAAGUAGACACGCCUAGAACCUCUAGCUCUCAAGGACUCGCGCUUAUAAAACCUGGCUGUCAAGUAGUUGAGCCUAUUGAACCUCGAGAAAUUCACUCUGGCAAGAAUUUUCAAAUUCUUUUUCCAGGAAAGAAAAAACUUCACGGUCUCCAAGAACGUCUUCGUCAAACCGAAGAAGCCAUGUCAAAAAUAUUGGAACAACUCGAAAAUGUUCAAAAUGGAGCACAAUCCAUUGAUUUGGAUGCCGCUAUGAAAAUCGAGGGAAAAGAAGAAGAAAAGGAGAGCAUCAAUUUGACGGAGAAAAAUGAGCAAUAUAUUGGGGAUUUAGAAAAAGCUCUUCUGGAAUUCAAAAGUUUGUCGAAAGAAUAUGAUAAAGCGAAAAAGAAUAAAUUGAAGAAACAAAUUAUUCGGGAAGAGGAUGAAACUUCAGAUGAAGAAUUGAACUCAAAUUCUGAAAAUUCUUCAGAAGAAGAAUCUGAUCCUCCCCCUCCCCCACCACCUCCAAAAUCCAAGAAAAAUAAAAAUCGAAAUCGGAAAAAUCCACCGAAAUCCGAGGAAGAAGAGGGUUUUGAUGUGGAUUCGGCGAUUCAAAAACAAUCGGAGACAAAUUCGAAAGUUCGACGAAGAAGAGCAAAGAAGACUUGA